CGAGUUGUGAACCAGAACCAGGACUGGAACCGGUGUGUUGAUAAAGGUGUAUGAGGUUACAUCAGCUGAUACACACAAACAGAAGGGUGAUGGAUCCGUGUGUGGAGCAGACGCCGCUGUUUACGUUCGGGGUGAUCGCGGACGUGCAGUACGCGGAUAUCGACGACGGAUACAACUACACGCGGACGCGCCGGCGCUUCUACCGCAGCAGCCUGCGGCUGCUGGCCAACGCGCUGCGGAGCUGGUCCGAGCCCGCCGGACCCGCCUUCAUCCUGCAGCUGGGCGACCUGAUCGACGGCUUCAACAAGCCGCGGGACGCCUCGGAGGUGGCGCUGCGAGCCGUGCUGGAGCAGUUCGGCGGGGGCGCGCCGCGCGUGCACCACGUGUGGGGCAACCACGAGUUUUAUAACUUCAGCCGCGCAGAGCUGCUGCGGUCCCGGCUCAGCGGCAGGGCCGGCCCGGGACCCCCGGCCCGGCCAGACCUGCACGCAUACCACUUCAGCCCGCGGCCCGGGUUCAGGUUCGUGGUGCUGGACGCCUAUGACGUGAGUGUGCUGGGCAGAGAGGAGAGCAGCGAGGAGCACAGCUCCGCCCUCAGCCUGCUCAGGCUGCACAACCACAACACUGACCUCAACUGCCCUCCAGCGUCAGGUGGCCUGAAGGAGAGAUUCACCAAGUUCAACGGUGGCUUCGGUAAGGAUCAGCUGGCCUGGCUGGACUCCGUGUUAUCCUCCGCUGAUGAGAGCCAGGAAAAAGUGACCCUUGUCAGUCACCUCCCGGCUCAUCCCGGUUCCACGGAACCGGUCUGCCUCGCUUGGAACUACGACGAGCUCCUAGCCCUCAUCCGCUCCCACGGCAGCGUGGUGUGCUACAUGGCCGGCCACGCCCACGACGGCGGGUACUGCCGGGACGAGGACACGGGGGUGCACCAUCUGACGCUGGACGGGGUGAUCGAAACCCCGCCCGACAGCGACGCCUUCGCCACCGUCUCCGUCUACACGGACAGGAUGCUGCUGAAAGGAAGCGGGAGGGUCACGGAUCGAGUAUUUAAGUUUCCAUGUUUCCAAUAUAACGGCCCCUCCCCGACAGGCUGACGGGCCCUUUUUAUCCAAGAAGCAGCUCACGGUUAACUUUGGCGUGGCUUUGAUCUCCUGAUCGCAGUUUCUUGGUCAUUUAUUAUCGAGGUGUGGCACGGUUCAUUUAUUAAAUUGGUUGGAUUAUUUAAAUGAAACAUUUUUUAAAGGUUGCAUUUAUUUUAAUGGAUGUAAGUUUAAAAUUCCCAGAAAGUGUGGAGUUUGUCCGUGCUCGGGUUGGGAGGGAGGACCUGUCCACAUCCGUCCUUUAACGAGGACCUGAGUUCACAGCGGGGGGGGCAGGUUAAGAUCCAGACUCGGAGGAACGUUUAUUUAUCCCUGCAGGGCGGUUGAGAGGGCAGAGUACAAAAGUACAAGACAUGAGAGAUAAAGCAAGACGGUACUCUGCAGGUGAAAUGUGCACCCGCCCUUCCAAAGAUGGCGGAUCUCGCACUGGGAAUAAUAAAUAAUUACCAUUGUUCAUAUUAUUUUAUGAAUAAUUGUAGUUAACGUAAUGAUGACUGUGUUUCUGCAGAUACUCAAAUGACUCGGAUUGGGGAGCAGAAUACAUGACUGGUGCAUCCCGAGUUAAUGAUCUACUUUAAAUAUGCAGAGAAAAUAUGUGAAUAUAAAUAAGAUAAUAUUUCACAUCCCAGCGCUACAACAGGAGGCAUUUAUUGUUAUUAAAUUAUUGCACUCGCUGAAAGAACCAAUUGAACCGUACAACUUUCAACGAAGGGGUCAUAAAACGGUCAGUAGGAGUCAGAGGUGUUUAUGCAGCGAGGCCAAGACCUUCCUCGGCCCAAGCUGCCUCCUCAUUCCUUCUUUUCUUUGGAGUGUUUUUGCCUCGUGUGUAUUGAACAUCUUAACUUGUGUGUUAUAUUUUGGAGAGUUGGCGCUGUGCUGGUGUCUGUUAGCUCGCGCCAGCAUUAGGGCUGCAACGAGAAAUCGAAAUAGUUGACGAAAAUCGACAAAAUUAAUUCCCAACGAGUUUAAUGAUGAUGAUUAGUUAAAUAUAUCUGGAGCAGAGAAAAUUUGUAAAUGUUUUGUGUGUUUUUAUUUAAUGAGAUUAAAGCUCAAAUAACUGCUCUCCAGACCUUUAAACUCUCCACAGCUCUCUCACCGCUCAAAGCUGCAGGUGGUCGCUCGGCAUACAUUUACCGUAAUGUCUGGUGUAUCUCACGGUGCGGCGGUGGAAAACUCGUGUUUUUAUACUUUGAUUUGCACCAACCAUUGAGAAGAGACGGCAGUGGAAAAGCUCACGUUACAACAGAUUGUAAAUACGUGUGUGACGCGCUGGUGAAUCUUGUUCGUGGUCGUACUCCAGUGCGCCGUAACGACUCGUGCAGGCAAACCUCCACUAAUCUGGUUUCUGCUCUUCUUUUCCUCUCGGCUGUUCCCUUCAGGGGUCCACAGAGCCAAUCAUCCGCCUCCAUCUAACCAAGCGCCAACCGUCUUACUUCGCUCGCGUUGAACUAUGUUUUGUUGCAGUUCCUCGACUGACCACUAGAGGCUGCAACGCCUUCGGCUCGCGGUACUGCUGCAUUAGUUGGGAAUAUUCUGCAAGGAAAGUACUUUGGUUAACUUAUUUCACACAUGAAUUUUUUAUAUUUCUCCAAAAAGGUUUAAAAUGAAAAUAUGAAAUGUGCACUUUUUUUAUUUCAUUGAAAACAUAUUAAGAAAAAGUUGUCUUGCGUUGGAAUUUCUGCCUUUUUUUGCACCUUUCUUAUUGCACAUAUCUAAAGCUCUUUUGAUGAACUUUUGCUCAGGAAUGUUGUGACUCUGCCGGACCAGCUGGUUCUUGGCUGACUAUGUUUUUGUUUACACUGUACCUCAGUGACACCAGAAAUAAAAACCUGCUAUUGCACCCGUUCA